AUGCUUUUAAACGCCAUAAAGACGACAGAACCAUUCGCUCGACUAGCAAGGCCAAUCGCGCAAGUUCCUGUGGCUCGAUACACCAUACUUGAAAAGUCAAGGCCUUGGUGGACGACACUCUUUCAUGGCUUCCGGAAACAGAACAAUGGAGGUGUACGGAGCUGGGUCAUCAUUCUGAGUUGUACGCUCUUUAUCAUAGCUGCGCUCGGUAUCUCGCCUGGCUCCGCGGCUCUGCUCAGUACACGUGAGACACAGGUCUCGAGUCCAGUAGAGUUAUCUCAGCUCAUCUUCAGUCCGACCUCGGCGGUAAAGCCCCGAGCUCAACGCGACACCUAUCUCCGCACUACCGGCGCACUUCUACAGAAUUACAGCACAUCACCAUGGGUGACUAACGAUUACUUUGUUCUGCCUUUUUGGCCUUCUGAAACAGCGACUUCUUCUUGGAAUUAUCGCACUCCAAUCCCGCAGGUGUGGGAAGCCGAGACCACUGUGUUUCGAAGUGAUCUCAAUUGCAACAAUCUAGCAAUGAAAAGCAAGGAAUUCUACGUAAGACAUGCCGUUGAUGAUAUUGAAGCGAAGAUAAACAAACAACCCUUCCUGGCAUCAGUACUGAUGGAAUCGGAAAACGGCUGCCAGUACAAUCUCACUUACAACGCCACAACGCGCCACGGAACAGGGGACGAGAGCUUUGCAUCUUGGGGUGACAUUAGACAUAUCGCCAAGGACAACGUAUAUGAUUCCGAUGCCCGUGUAAUCUUGAACAAAGAAUGCAUGAGUACCGAGACGAUUCUGAUGAGUACGCCUUGGUUUCCUCCGAGUCGCGACAGGUUUGCAGAGAAUAUGACGAUAGUGGCAUACAUCUGUUCCUCCAACCAUACUAUGGCAACGCUUACGGUGCGUGCGUCCUCGUCAUCGGGCGGUUUGUCGGUUACUUUUGACCAAGACGCCUUCCAUCGGACAGCUCAGGACGUUCCCUCAACGAUGUUAGACUUGUUGGAGAUGCACAACAUAUAUACAGAUCCAGACUGGUAUUCCUUCAUUCCUCAGCCAGCGCAAUUCAAACAGUCCGCUCCGGUACUCGGGGGAGUAGCAGCUUUGUUGGGCACAGAGCACGCAUACAACAUAUCAGAGAUGAUAAAUGAUUCUGCACUUCCAGAGACUGCCGCUAAGAUGAGACGUCGCUUCUUUGCCGAGGUCCUUCAGACCUCUCUAAGCAUUUCGGGCAACUACGAAAACGUGGUAAUACCCGGUGUACGGGUAGCUAUGGAGCGCCGGAUUUUCGUCAGUACAGAGGUUGCUGCGUUGCUUUGCGGGCUCUUCUCCGUUUCUUUCUGCAUGUUUUUGGUCAUUUUGUGGCUAUCGCGGCCCAAAAACAGGCCCUUAAAUAUCAGCCGCGAUCCAAGUACCGUACUAGGCCUCAGUGCCUUGAUCAUUUCAGACACCUCGGUCUUACCUACGUUCGCCGCAUUAGACCUUUCCAAUAGGCAAGGGCUGAAAUCUGCGCUUGCGGGAGAGACCUUUUUCACAACACCCAAUGUCCUACAGAAAGCAAAAUCGGAGCCUAGAUCCUACUCAGACGCAGAUGUAUCGACCUCUUCGGACACUGGAAUACUACCAUCGUUACGAGUUCGAAACUUGUUAAGUCUACUGGCCUAUAUUACCGCGCUUUUAGUGGCGAUCGCGGUUCUCUUCAGUCUUUCACAUCGGUCGAACCUGCAUCAGGCUUUAUUCACGUAUCGUACCAACGUCAAAAUCCUCAACCACACAGGUUCCUUCUCACCAUUCGCCAUUGUGCCGACUUUACUUGCGGUUAUCGUCCGAAUCUGGUGGGAGACCAUUGAUGACACCUGUAGGACGCUGCAACCAUUCCUAUCAAUCGGCAUUCUCGAACAGUCUAUAAGUUCCAAUCGCACUCUUGAACUUCGACGCGACCCCCUCUUUCGCAACAACAAUAUGACCUACGAUCCUCAUCCACCUAAUUCAUGGCAUAUCAGCUUCAGAUCGAGCCCAUACAUCGGUCCUAUCUUAGAAGAUACCUUCGCUACUAGCGACACUGAUUGGAUGUAUACUGCUCUACUACAGACGGCAUUAAACGGACCGGAACCCCCGUGGAGUCGAGAUGGAUGGAGCUUUAUACCUUUGGACCUUGAUCAGCUUUCGAAACAGACCUCAAUGACUGAGAAUACAGAUGUUCUAUCGGCAGGAGCUGCAGAACUAGGACCUGUGGCGAACUUCACAGUCCGUACCCCAGCAGUUCGUGCUCGCCUUGAGUGCAGUGUCUUCAACGAUGCGCAGAAUGCAAGCCAUUGGCUCAGUUUCCAGAACGCCACGAUAUAUGAUAUCUCCUCUUACAAAUCGGUGUAUGUACCAGACACGUUGAUGUUUGGAAACAAUACAUCGACUUGGGUCACGGCUCAAGCUAUUGAUGUACAGUGCUGUUUCAACUCCACUAGAUCGCCGGACUUGAGCGAACAAGAGACCACUGUGACGCUUGGAUAUUGGACCGAAACCUUCGAUAUUGGCGAUUCAGAACAGAAGGGGACAAAUGGCAAUCUCACCAUCAAGUGGAUUCAUGGCACCGCUGGAUUUGCCCAUUUGGUCACCGAAGAACCAUCAAUGUUCUUCCCAGAGCCGCCGAAUAUACAGGCGUUGAUGUGUGUACCCCGCAUUGAAACAGCCAAAGCUGAGGUGACGGUGGAUUCGCGCAACGGGAACGUGCAGGGGUUCCAGAUCCUUGAGCCUCCCAAUUCAGAUGAUGUUGCAGCAUGGUCGGAUGAGUUCCAGCUGCGCAACUGCUCCGAGUUCCAAGACAAAUUAAAGACUAAUCAAGUAUUGUGCAGUGAUGUGACUACGAGCUACGGAAACCUGUUCGCGAAAUCAUUGCUACGUGCGGCAUGUCUCGGAAACGUCGCCCUGGUCACGCCGAACCUGAAUGCCGCGAGACCCCCUGAUCAUCUCACUGAUAAAGUCUUCAACAUGCGAGACAACACAACGGGGCUUAACGUCGACUUCAUGUCUUACGCAUUAUAUGCACGGGUGGGAUUUGACCCAAUUCCACUUCUGGAUCCCGAGGUCCUGCUUCGAGAGAGUCAGGAAGUAUUCACCACCUUUUUCCAACACUUCGCAAGCCGCAACGUGUCUGCUCACACUGGCGGCUGGGUCUAUCAGCCGAUCGGAUCCCAGCUCCAAGUUACGUCGCCUGUUCCGGAUGAUUGGGCGCCUCUGUACAUGUCCAACAAAAACAAUACACCGAAGUUUCAAGACGUUCCUCUACGGAAUACCGAACGAACAGCGAACGCAGUUCUGAGCACUCGCGUCGAAGUACUGCGAGUGAAUACAACUGCUUUUUGGAUCUCCACAAGCAUUAUAGUGUGGCUCUUCAUUACUACAGUUAUCUUUGCAGCAGUGCAGAGAAGGUAUCUUGGUGGUAUGAUGCGUAACGUUGAGUGUAUCGCGGAUGUCCUGGUUUUGAUAGCUGGAAGUGAGCGGCUAUUGAACCUUGUCAAGGAGAAGGACAUUGACACGUUGAUUCAAGAGAACAACUUACAAACGCGUUUCAGAUGGGUUAAAGACUCUAGUGGAAUGAUGAGGUGGCGUAUUGAGCUUGUUGAAGAACAGGUGGAGAUGCGGCCUAUAUCUCUCGGAACAGCAUAUGCACGUCUGCCGGUAGACGACGAAAGGGAUGCGGAAAGUGUUACGUGUACUACUAGUGUUGUGCCGCUGGAGUCAACACAAGAUUGA